AACGCCUGUGUACUCCUCUCGGACAAGUCGUUCCACACAAAUAUUCUCGCAGAUUAAUCUGCAGAUUUUCGUGUGAUUAAUUGAUAAAUCUGUGAAAAACUUCGAAACCGGAUGUUUUUCUCGUGGAAUGUUGCAGAACAAUUGACUUCUUCGAAAUUGGAUCUUAAAAAUAAUGUACAACUACAACUACUCCCGAGGAAAUAAAUCGAUGGGAAAUCCGCCUCGAUUUCACGAGUUAACGGAUAUGCCGGAUAAUGGAGCGUCGACGUCGGCGGCCGCUGGAAUGUUCACAAGACAAGACUCACUUGCUCUCGCCGCAUCCCUCCAACAACGUGAUCGGGAACGAAAUCCUGUGGAUUUUAUGGAAACCCAGCUGGAUCUGGAUAAUUAUCUACAAUGCUUUACCGAUUUGGAUGUUCCUGCGGAUAAUGUCGACUUAAAUGAUGCUGAACUUCAAAAAGCAAAUAUUCUCUACGAUGAUGACUCUUACGAGCAGCCGCAACUAAAUCCAUACGAACGGCACGUGGCUUAUGGCCCCGGUUUUCGAAAUCCCGGUGAAUACGAGGAACAAGACGGAUAUAAAAUGAAUUUCGAGGUGAAGACCGAGGAGGAGAAGAAGCCGGAAACGAUGAAAACUUCGAAAACUAUGACAACUCGCCGAGCUAUUAAACGACCUUCGUGUUACGACGAUUAUCAGGAAGAAGGAGAAACAUCGCUUUCGGAUAACGAUGAAAGUGUCGAUGAUUCUUAUUACAAACCAAAAAGUUCCAAAAAGACUGCUGCAGCGGUACCAAAUUUCGUGCCAAAAACCAAGGCUCGAAAAUACAAUCUAAAGCCGGAUAAGGAGAAAGUGGAGCCCAUCUAUAAAUUGAAACGGGCUCGAAACAAUGAUGCCGUCCGGAAAAGUCGAAAUAAAGCGAAAGAGCUGCAACUGCAGAAGGACGAGGAGUAUGAUGAGAUGAAGAAAAGGAUUACACAACUUGAAGCAGAACUACAAUCCGAGCGGGAAGGCCGGGAACGUGACCAACAACUUAUCAAGCAACUAAUUCGCGAAAAGGAAUCGACAUCGAAAGGACCAAGGAAAAGCUCUCGAAAUGCACUGGAAAGCUUUAAUAAAUCAAAUUAUUGAUUCUUUUUUUCUUGAUUGCUUCGUUUUAGAUUCCAUUUCUUAUGUAUCAAUGUAAUCGCACCCCUUCCCCGGUUGGAAAAUAAUUUUGAAAUUACUCAUUCCAUUCUUAACCCAGUCUAUGUUUGUGUAAUAACAUGUUUAUAUAUUGCGAAAAAUUGUAUAUUUAUUUUAGGAAAAAAGAAUUGACUAGAAUACUGGGACAUGGGGACAAAACAUGGAUUUCGAAAAAGAAAAAGAAAACCUGAACUUUGAAAGCUAUACCCAAAAUUAUAUAUGAGAAAUGAAAAUUAUACU